CUGUUAUAUUUUGUUUACAGUUGGUCGAUUGGAGCGUUUAUUGUCGCGAUACUUCUCGCGAUUGUCGAUUGGUUGGUCCUCCAUACCACAGUAACAAUUCACAGGCUACCUUUUUGCAGCUCAUUUGGCUGCCUGACAAAUGAUUUUUUUCGCGCUUACUGGGGCCUCUCAAACAUGGUGAUGAACCUGUUAUCGUGUCUCUUCACAGUGGCAGUCAUGUAUAAACUCUGCAGAAGCUCGAAAUCCACCUUAUUAGUUGACGAAAUUGAAAGACAGAACAAACACAAGAUUGAUAGACAAGCGAACCGCGUAUCACUGUACAUUUUGCUCGUGUCAGCCUUAAUGGGUGUUGUGCCAGGAUGCUUGAAUGGAGUAGGGACGAUUAUCAAAUUUCCACUGCUGGAAGAGGUUGCUUUCUUCGUCGGAACGUGCGCCACGCUCUCCGGCCUGUCACAUGCUUUCAUAUUUGCUAUGGCUCAUCGAGACAUCAAGGAAUGCAUUCUGAUGAAGAUUUUUAGGCGACAUUCUGUGAAGCGUGUCGAACGUGCCAGCAACGCAACAUCCCAUCAUUUCCAUAUGGCUGUCGUGAACACACCCAUGUCAUUGCAAGUGCCUCCUAGAAGUAGCGGGAGGAGUGCCAGUUGUCCUCCGCUCGGAAGCAGACCCUUUUCGAUUCAAAGGCAACCAUGA